GACUGGGUAACAGCCUCGGAAAUCCGGAUCAUGUUGACGCGAAUGAAUACAUUCGGUGACGAGGUUUUUCGCGAUCCAAAAGUUUUGCGCUCCUACUACUAUGCAAUAUCGGAUUUUGCUGUCGGUGGAAGGUGCAAAUGUAACGGACACGCAAGUGAGUGCGUCAAGUCAACUGGUGAUGGCGAGGAUCGUUUGGUGUGCCGCUGCGAGCAUAACACGAUGGGCGCCGACUGCAAUCAGUGCUUACCGUUUUACAACGAUCGGCCAUGGCGAGCCGGAACUGCCAAAGAAGCGAACGAGUGCAUCGGUGAGUUAAAACUACCUCGAAACAAACUACUAUGGAACUAG